AUGUUAUCGAGGAGACGGAAGACAGUAACAGGAAAGCUAAUUGUCGAACGGCCACCCGCUAUCAAACCUUCGAAAGCUCGCCGUAUUAUCCGGAGAUUUCAUCUGUUGAUCAAUAAAAGGAGGAUAAUAUGCAAUAAGAUAGGCAUUAAGCUAUUAGAGGGAGACGAAAGCACUAACUCCGAGCGCAUCUCAGAAAAACUCCGACUUAAUGACACUCAGAGCUUUUACGAUGAGGGCUGGAAUGCCCAAAACCCCUCGUCCGAAUAUGAGGCCCAAAUGCUUAAGAUUCAACGCCUAGACGACGACAUCCAGCUCUUUCGGAUCCUUGGAUAUAUCAUGUCUGAAAUCCAUCAACGUGGAGGUCUUCAAAACUACCAAUUGGCGAGCUCGAUGGGACAAGACCGGAAUCGUGGGGGUGACUCAUCUAAAAUAUUGAUGAACUGGUUCAAGACCAUUCGGACCCCGGGACAUCAGUACCGCGCGUUAGAGAUUGGCUCCUUAAGUGCUGAGAAUGCGAUUUCGACAUCUGGCGUUUUUGACCCCGUGAUACGCAUUGAUCUUAAUUCCAGCGACCCAGCAAAAAUUAAGCGCCAAGACUUUAUGAAGCGUCCACUGCCACCUUCAGAUGCUGAAAAAUUUGACCUGAUCUCUUGUUCUCUUGUUCUCAACUUUGUACCGACUCCUCAACUUCGUGGUGCCAUGCUCCAUAGGUUUCAACACUUUCUUCGACUAGAUGUCGAGAAAACAUACAUUUUUCUCGUCCUUCCGCUUCCGUGUGUUUCUAACUCGAGGUAUAUGAGCAAAACCCUCUUGUGUGACAUAAUGGAGUAUCUUGGCUAUAAACAAAGCCACGCUCACGAGUCCUCAAAAAUAAUUUACAUGCUAUUCCAGCGCUCAUUUGGCCAAAAGGUGCAUGAGGAACAAGUGGUCCGGGAAUUUUCUAAGAAAGUUCUUAUUAGAGAUAAAGCUAACAUGAAUAACUUUAGUAUAGUACUGUGA